GUCGUUCGUUCUCCCGGCUAUUCUUCCUGGUUGGCUUGCCCCCGUGUGUGGUUCUUCUCUUUGGUUGUGUUCCCCUAGGAGAGGUGAAUUCCUGGGACGUUUGGGCUGGCGUGUGGAGGUAUUUGAGGACUAUUGUGGGGUUUCGGCUAUCUGGCUGUGCAACAGAUAUAUCAGCGAUCGAGUGGAGAUAUUCAGGACAGAAAGAGUGUGAGUACUGGAAAGCAAGUGAAGACCAGACCGCGCCAUCGCUAUCGGAGGGAAGUUAAGAGACCUGAUCUGGGACUUCGAUCAAUUGUAUACAUCUGGACUGGGAGUGAUAACGUUGUGAAGUGGACGGAGUCAUCGUUGGAUCGCAGGAUCCUCUGGGCCGAACGCCGCAUGUGAUGUCCCUAUGAAAGGAGGUGGACACAAGAAUUAUUCCUUUCCCGGUCUUAACCGAAGCAUCUCCCAGCCGUAAGCCCCACUACUUAUUCAAGAACACAUACUUGCUGUUGAUUACUUACUCUGCUGUGCAGAUCGCAGGAUCCUCUGGGCCGAAUGCUGUAUGUGAUGUCCCUGUAGAAAGAGGUGGACACACGAAUUAUUCCUUUUCCGGUCUUAACCGAAGCAUCUCCCAGCCGUAAGCCCCACUACUUAUUCAAGAACACAUACUUGCUGUUGAUUACUUACUCUGCUGUGCAGAUCGCAGGAUCCUCUGGGCCGAACGCCGCAUGUGAUGUCCCUAUGAAAAGAGAUCGCAGGAUUCUCUGGGCCGAAUGCUGCAUGUGAUGUCCCUGUAGAAGGAGGUGGACACGAGAAUUAUUCCUUUUCCCGGUCUCGACCGAAACAUCCACGAGCUCUACUUACCCGGAUACCCCCCCCUCACUCCGGGACGGGUGACAGACUAUCCUGGCUCUUGCUGGCCCCGUACAGGCACGAACUGUUGACGACUCCACGCCUUCCCGGCGUCCGAGGUCUGGCUCCGUUCUGGUCGGGAGACACGGAAGGAACACUGAACUUUUAAAUUGCUUUUAACCAAAUAAAACCUUGUUCAUUUUUUUAUACUCUCGUCCGUCUGGUUCUUCGGGUACGCUCCCCGAGGUGAUCCUGGGUUUUAGGGGUGGGUGCAGUCUGGCUUGGCCCCCCCGACCUGUGACAGAUUUGGCGUAGUCGGCAGGGUUUCACCUCGGGUUGAGCGACCAGGGAUUCUCAGAUGGCCGACGACGAGGCACUGGGGGCCCCACCCCGAGUCAUGCCAGUGUUCAUGGGAAACCCCUGGGUCCAGAAAUAUGGAGGAAAUGAGUCAGAGGUGCGCCUCUCCGAAUGGCGGGCUCAGAUCGAAUAUCUGGCCGGGCUACAGGGACUGAGCGCGACCCAACAGCUACAGUUUGCCCUCAACUCCCUUGACGGGGAAGCACGGCGGGAAGUCCAAGCCGCCCCCGAAGCUGUCCGAACCACCGCCCAGUCUGUGUUCAGAUUCCUGACGGAAAGGUAUGGUGACGCCACUCCAACUGCGGUUCUCCGGGCCCAGUUCUUCAGCAGCAAGCAGGGCCCUCGCCAAUCCGUCAGAGCUUUCGCCCUCCAACUACGGGAGCGAGUUACCAGGCUGCAGGGACGCCCAGACCAUGGUCUCGGAGAUAGUGAGACUCUGUUGAGGGACCAAUUCCUGCUGGGGCUAAGGGAAGGCCCAGUACGCCAGGGACUUAGAGUCCAAUUCAGAAGGGAGCCGGAACUCACCUUCGAAGACCUAAAGAAGGAAGCGGUGGCAUUGGAGAACGAUCAGGUUGAGGUGCAAGAACCCCCUGUGUGUGCGGCCGUAAGUAGCUCCGCAGUGGCUGUCCCCGACAUGGCAGAGUGGAGACAGACUCUGAAGCUCGAACUCCUAAAGGAUGUCCGGGAGCAGAUGGCGGAGCUAACCAAGACGCUCGUGGACGAGCUGCGUUCUGAGGCUACCAGGCCAGAGGUGAGGCCCAUCUCGCGGGAUCGGGUGUACUCGGACGGGAACAGGGACGCAGGGAGGCGACCUAACCGGCCCAACCGGCCCCAGUUUGAAUGGGACGAGCAAGGACGACCUAUCUGCAACCGCUGUGGCCAACCAGGCCAUUACAGCCGACAGUGUGGUCCUCGAAGAGGUUCGGAGGGGGGUUUUUAGGUCGACCGGCCACAGUGGGUCGUGUGGUCGGGACCCCCUUAGAUGACCCACCCAUCGGAGCAGGCUCCAAGGACAGGCUGGUCGGGCAUAGCCCAGUGGUGGAGGUCCAGGUGUGUGGUGUGAAGGUGCCCUGUCUCGUCGACACCGGAUCCCAGGUGACCCUAUUCGCGGAGAGCCUGUCGCAAGAGCUGUUUGGAGAUCAGAGGAUGCAUGGGACGGAGGCUCCCUGGCUCUCCCUGAAAGGAGCAAACGGUCUGGACAUCCCCUACAUUGGCUACAGGCUGACGGACUUGGAGAUCCACGGAGUGAUCGUGCCCCAGAAGGGAGUGAUCAUCGUAAAGGACCACUGUCUGGGGAGUCACCGGGCCUUGCUAGGUAUGAAUGUAUUAUCUGCAUGUUGGGAAGAAUUGUUUCGGGCAACGCCCGCUCGAGGGAUCUCGCUGGCCGAACAACAGGAAUGGGAACGUGUCGCCGCUGACUGCAGACGGAUCCAGAUGUCCCGGGCCCGGCAAGGCCGCGAAGGGACAGGUCGGGUAGCGUGCCGUUAUGCCCUGUCCGUGCCAGCGAACAGCGAGGCCCUAGUAUGGGUGCGAGUCCUCCAGCGGGACGUGGGAGUGGAGGAAUGGGUGUUGGUGGAGCCCCACUGGGAUGGCCAGCAGGUAGAAGUCGCCAGAGGUUUGGCCGUGGCACGAAGAGGACGGAUUCCGGUGAGAGUUCGGAACGGGACGCCCCAUGUUGUGCACCUACAUAAACAUCAGCG